UUCUGAACUAAUUCGCACACUGAUAAGGUGUCUAGAGGAUUAAUAAGUGUCUAGAGGAUUAAUAAGUGUCAGGUCAAACAAUGGAUGUUUGAUCUGAUACAUACUUCUAUAAACCUUAAAAAUCAAUCUUUAAAAAAUUUCAAUAUACUUCAAGGUUACAACAAAGACGAUAUGAAAGUGUAUGUGUCCUAUGAAUUUCCCUUUCCAAACGAUCAACCUCAAACUGGUUUCACGGAAACCAUCAAACACAACAUUAAUCCUGAAUUUGAUCAAAAGUUUAAGAUAUCUAUCGACAGAAAAAACCGAUCGUUGGCGAGAAUAUUUCGACGACAAAGUGUGAAAUUUGAAAUAAAAUACAACAGAGGAUUUCUGAAAGGUGACAAGACGCUGGGUCAAAAUAGCGUUGAUGUUGAUUCAGGAGCAAAGGCAAAUGACUCGACAACUAGCGAAGUUUCAGAGCCCAAGGAGGAUGAUGGGAAUGAAACUGCACGAAGUUCCGUCUCCGAGUCUCAGUCUGAUAUGCCCAGCGAGACGUCAAGUGAAGGCAAGCCACCUCAACAAAGAUUUUCUCAUAUCACUCAGAAGGAUGCAUUCUUGGUGUUUAGGUCAUUGUGUAAACUAUCGAUGAAACCGCUUGCGGAAGGACCGUUGGAUCCCAAAUCGCAUGAACUCAGAUCUAAAAUUCUCUCACUGGAGUUGCUGUUAACUUGUCUACAAAGUGCCGGACCUGUUUUCCGUACUCAUCCAAUGUUUAUCAACCCUAUAAAACAAAAUUUAUGCGUCGCAUUAUCAAAGAAUGGCGUCUCAUCUGUUCCUGCUGUGUUUGAACUAUCGUUGGCAAUCUUUCUCACACUUUUGUCGUACUUCAAGACACAUUUGAAAAUGCAGAUUGAGGUGUUCUUCAAAGAUAUUUUCUUAAACAUUUUGGAAACGUCGACAAGUUCUUUUCAACAUAAAUGGAUGGUGAUGGGGACGUUAACUAGAAUAUGUUCAGACGCACAGACGGUCGUUGAUAUAUAUUUAAAUUACGACUGUGAAUUGGCUUUGUCGAAUAUCUUUCAAAGAUUGAUCAAUGAUUUGUCUAAAGUUGCCCAAGGACGUCAAGCUAUUGAAUUAGGAGCGACACCAAACGCAGUAUUCGUAUCAAAGGUCUGGAAUGUCUCGUUUCUAUUCUUAAAUGUAUGGUAGAAUGGAGCAGGGAUCUUUACUUUAAACCUGAUUCUCAGGUGGACGAUAAUUUUGAAAUGGUACAUUGUCCUUUUACUGAGCCUGUUUUUGAUCAAAGUCAUAUGAAGAUUUGAAGGACGUUUGAUCUAGUAGAAGAUAACUGUCACGCUUUUCAUCUGUCAUGGAUUUUGUCUUG